CGUGCGCCAGUACAAUUUUAGAUCUCGAGCGAGCGAGUUCGGCCGGAACAGAGAGCCAACAAUCGAUGAAAGCCGUAUUUGUUGGGUAGAAACGCGGACUCAGAUUGCCAACUUUUGUCGCAGUGCACCAGAGGAUCAUGUACAUUUACCCCAGCUCCCCGGAAUCAGCAUCGUCCUUGCAGUCCGAAGAGAGUGCGGCCAUCAAGAUUCAGGCCGGAUUUCGUGGCUACCGUGUGCGCAAAGAGAUCCACCGAUCCAGCAAGAAUCCCCAUCCCCGGCGGAACCAGCGACAGCGUCCCAAGAACAACGCCCUCAUGGAAAACCAGGCCAAUUCGGGAAAUCCCCGUCCCAGCGGCGAGGAGCAGCGCACGGCUGCCGAGAAUGGAGGCAAAUCCGUUGAGGAUCGCAGUGCCACCAAGAUACAGGCGGGAUUUCGUGGAUUCCUGGUGCGAAAGAAGCAGAAAAUCGCCACCGAUGCGGCCGUUAAAAUUCAGGCUGGCUUCCGGGGAUUCAAAACACGCAAAGAAUUGAAACAAUGCGAGCCCAUUGUGUAAUGAUUUUGCGCGUUGGGCCUAUUUUUGGUAUACAGUGCUGUAUGUAUAUGGCAUGAAUACAGUGAAUAAACAUUUUAUUCGUCGAACACAUAGCACUCGAUGGAAACUUACGAAACGGAAACCACAAAA